CAGAGGGCAGCAUUGUGUUUACAUAACGCUUGGCUUAUCCGUCAGAAACAAUGUUGUAGGGUUUAUGGCGUUUGUUCGAAGCAAAAGUGUCACCAUUCAGAUCUUCACCAGAAAGUGCUGGAAAAUACUAUACGCAGAUAUCUGUCGUUAAUCUCGAUGUAAGACAUGAAGAAAUACGGAGAGCUAUGGAGAGUAGAUUCUGUGUUUUAAGCGACACCGAAGAUUUCCAAACGCUAAUUUCAAACACAGCUAACGAGCUCCACUUCGAAAGUUCCAAGACACUGUUUGAAGAAAUUCGUGCCUCAAUCAACAACAAUGAUGAAGAGGACCGUUCCUUCUGGAGGCCCGUGCUCCCCUGGGGAGGCGUCUUCACCAUCAAGGCAGGACGGAAGGCCAUAUCAUGCAUUCCGCUGUACGUCAAAAUCAACCUCAGAAACACCUGCACCAUCGAUGGCUUCCUCAUGAUCCUGUAUGUGAUACUGCGGGACAACCAGGGCUUUUCCAGAGAACUGGCUGUUUUCCUAGGCAAACAGUUUGUAGAGCAUUUCCUCUACCUGAUGGACUGUUGUGACUACACCACAGUGAAGAUGCUGUGGAUAUGGGACAGGAUGUCUAAAAGACAGUACCGCUCUGAGAUUCACCAGGCAGCACUGGAAAUCGACCUGUUUGGUAAUGAGCACGAGAACUUCACAGAGAAUCUGGAAGACCUCAUGUCCACCAUGCAGGAGAGUCUAUGCACCAACUGGAACUGCCCAGCUCGCUUCCAGGAGUUCAUCAAAACUACAAUCAACAUCAGCCCUCCUCAUGAGCUCCCUCACAGAGACCCCAUUCAGUCGGCCGUGGACGAGUUCUUCUGCCCCAAGCUCCUGCUCUGCUCACAGCUGGGGUGUGAUGGUCUACGGGAGUUCUCUCAGAGGGUUUUCUGCCAUGGACCACCACCCUUUGUUAUCCUCAACAUGCAGCAGUGGAAGUCAGAGGAUCUGUCCUAUGUUCCUUACCACCUGGCUCUCUGCCAGCACAGGUACUCACUGGAGGGCGCCACACUCUUCAACAAGGAGGAGCAUCACUACUCUGCAGCCUUCCAGAUCGACGGCUGCUGGAUGCACUAUGACGGUCUGAGGUGCAACAAUCUGAUUCUGUUGCAGAAGCCACCGGAGCUCCUUCUGCUGUCCUCUCUGGUCUACAUCCGCUCCUCUGACAAGUGAACUCGUCAUAUCUCGAGUGGACACGCAGAUGAGCAGGAGUCACACCAUUCAUUCAGCAUUCAUCCACCCUUCCUUUGAUUCUUUUGUCACAAUCCCAUAUGUGACAUUACAUUGAUGUUAUCACAUUUCAUCAUUCAGUUGUUUUGUUUUAAUUCGUGUCAGCUUCCUCUGUUUCACCUGAACGCUUGCAGAAAGCUUAUUCUUAUAAAUGAAAUGACUUUUUCUGGGGCAUGCUUGGAAUCCAAGAAUAUAAUGGACUAUAAUAGUUCUGGGUUGAUGUGCAUAAAUGACUAUUUCAUUGAGUAAUCGUAUACAUAUACAUUUGUCAUGGCUAUUAAAGGAUUACAUUGUGAGGGUGUAUUUGCUAUUAAACAGCCUUGUAUAGGAGGUGACAGACUGUACAUCACAUUCUCAUUAAAGUGUAAGUUUUUACAUUUAUGCAAAUCAGCCCUUUCCUACAAUUAAACUGGUGCUUUUUCUACUUGCACUGUGGCCUGAGGAUAAGGAACAAGCAAACAAGGCCAAAGCCCGUAUCAGGUUAAUGUCUUAUGCUUUGUGACAAUGUUUGAAUGGCAGGCAAGCAUUUAAUGCAAUGAGUAAAGGUUAAAAGAAACUGUUCAAAUACAGAAGUUGAGGUUUAUAUCUCUGUUCUGACACUAUGAGCUGAAUUAUUACCUGUGUUGCUGGCAACAUGUCCACACAAAUUAAUUAAAUUCAAGUAUUUUAACACGCUCGCUCAGCACACACUGCAGCUGACAACACAGGGAAUGCGUAUUAAUGGGGGUUUUUUUCCAGUAGUUUUUAGCCUCAGAGAAUUACUGGUAUCACACUGUGCCUCUGCCGAGGGAAAUUUGUGAAAAGGAAUAAUAUCAAGUCUUUAAUCAUGAGUAGUUUUCAAUUCCUGUUUUUCUAUGCCGAGACUGUCUUUAAAAUGCAAAUACAAAUAUUUUGGAAUACG